AUGUUUCGUUCAAAAAAAUUGGUAAAACCUGAUAAUCUCCACUCGUUAGAGUACCUCAAAUAUAUCUAUACAGUAUUAAGCAAAAAUCAAAAUGUUGUGGACACCAAUCGCACAUUGUUAGUUGAAUCAUUCAGGAGUAUGGCCGAAAUUUUGAUCUGGGGAGAUCAAAAUAGUCCAGCAGUAUUUGAGUACUUCUUGGAAAAUAAUAUGUUCAAUUACUUUCUGCAUAUCUUGAAUCAGAAAUGUGGAAAUUAUGUCUGUGUUCAAUUGCUUCAAACACUGAAUAUUAUAUUUGAAAAUAUUAAAAAUAAGACUGCUUUAUAUUAUUUACUAAGCAAUAACCAUGUUAAUAGUAUAAUAAUAAAUAAGCUGGAUUUCUCUGAUGAAGAUGUUUUAGCUUAUUACAUAUCUUUUUUAAAAACAUUAUCUUUUAAACUGAAUUUAAACACCAUUCACUUUUUCUAUAAUGAGACUACCAAUGAUUUUCCUCUUUAUACAGAAGCAAUUAAGUUUUUUAACCAUCCUGAUUCUAUGGUACGUACAUAUGUUCGUACAUUGACACUUAAUGUUUACAGAGUUGAAGAUGAAAGCAUGUUACGAUUCAUCAGAGAUAAAACUUGUGCUCCAUAUUUUGGAAACUUGGUUUGGUUUAUGGGUAAACACGUUUUAGAAUUAGAUGCUAGUGCAAGAGCUAAGCCAAUUGAUGUCGACACUCAAAAAAAUAUACAAGAUCAGUAUAGAGUUAAACUUGCAGAUCUUGUCAGUUCUCAUCUAGACGAUUUACAUUAUUUGAAUGAUAUUUUAAGCUCGAAGGUUGAUAUGUUAAAUGAAGUGCUUGUUGAUCAUUUAAUGGAUAAACUGUUUGUACCUUAUUAUAUUCAUUCAUUAGCACCACCAGACAAAUAUAUUAUUGUCGAAACAGAAGAGUUUGUAGAUGCUGUGAAACAACAACCAUUGAUGAAUAGUGAUAUAUGUUUAUUUUUACUAACACAAGUGUUUUUAAUUAUUCAUCAGACUAAAUUAGUUACACCAUUAGCUAAAUAUUUAUUGGAAAGCAAUUUUUCUGCAAAAAACAAAAUUGCUGAAGAAACUAAAUUACAAAAUGAAGUAUCAGUGUUACCAGAAAAAGAAAAUGAAGAAAAAACAGAUAUUGAAUCAACUGAUGCUUUUAAUCUCAAAUCAUUAACAUGUAUGAACAUUACAGAUGAAGAAAAAGAAAUACUUUUAUCAAAAAAUGAAGCUGAUUGUGUACAUAGUCGGUGUUUAGAAUCUAUAUAUAGCCAAUUGAUAAUUGAAAAAUCUGACAGCUCUGCAUUGUUUGGUGUAUGCCUAUUGUAUGCUAUAUCAGAAAAUUCAAGUCUUUCCAAGGAGUAUUAUGAAGGAUUUUUAACUCCCAUUAAAAGUGAAAAUAGUGCUUCUCUUGUUCAUUGUGAUGAAAGAAAUGAACUUAUAGAUAAGCUAGUUGACAUAAUUACAGCUGCAUCUGAACCUGUUUGUUAUGUACGUUCAGUUACAUUACAAAUGGCCAUAACAUUACUGAAAAAAUUAACAAUUCAUGAGGAAAAGGUAUUUAUAUCAGACAGACAUAUUGCUGUUAUUCUUAACGCUAAAGAAAAGAUUUUACCACUUCUUAGACAAUUUUUUAAAAAAGAAGAAAUGUUUUUAGAACUGUUUGAAGAUGAAUAUAAUGAAAUGCAUAAGGAGAUACUAAAUGUUCAGCGACUUUUAAGUGAUUCCACAUUAUUACUUCCGCCUGCACAUUCUCCUAUGACAGGAAUACCACUUUCAAAACGUUUACCAUGUGGAGAUGUUGAAAGAACGAGACAUUUUAUCUGUGCUUUUCUUAAUAUACGCAAGUUAUUAAUGACAUUUGAAGAAAAAGAAGAAACACAAUUACCUUUAGUUGAUAGAACUAAGUGUUUCGUAUUUGAUACUCCAAUCAACUUGAAUGGCAAUGAUUUAAUUACUUGUAUGAUAAUUGCUGAAAAUGGUGCAAAAACAAGACGGUAUCUAUCAAUCAUUAGUAGCCAAUUAGUACUAGUUGAGCCACAUAGUCGUUUCCUCGGUUGGGGUGUAUGCAAAUUGUCUUGUUAUCUUCAUGAUGCUGAAGUUACUAAAAUUGACAACGAAACAAAAACUUUGCACAUUACUAUGCAUGAUACAAAGUAUAAAACUACAAACACAGUGAAAUUAAUUUUUGAUGAUCAUAUUCGAUGCAAUGCAGCAAGACAAAAGUUAUUGAAUGGUCGAAUUAAAGCAAGAAGAAAACAACUUAAUCAAAUUGCAAAUUUAUUAGAGAUGACUAGUUGUGAAACAAAUUAUGCUCCAUGUAAUAAUACCCUAAAACAAAAACAUAAUCUAAGAAGUCACUUCGCUGAUGUUGCAGUGCAUACGUCUAAUGUGAUUAUGCCAUGUCCUAUUUCUAUGAGAUCUAUAAAUAGUGAUGAAUGUAGUGCAGAAUCAAAUUGCAGUAGUGUGACACACUCCAGGGACCAAUCACCUUGCUUGACAAGCAUAAAUAAUCCAGAAUGUUCCAACUCUCAAAAGCCGUCUUCUUUAGCUCAGUGUCAAGAGAAAACAGAACCAAAACGAAAAGGAAGGGUAGAAAAUGUUUAA